AUGGUAUCUUCAAUAGCUGCCAUUUUUCUGCUGGCAAGCUGCGCGGGUGCUUCCCUGCCUGCUCGUCAAGACACCGGGAUACCCCCCGACGCCGUUUAUCCAGGAGCUGCCGACCCAGCUACCCAAGCUGGCGCCAAAACCUUGGAGAGCUCUCCUCCUUUCUACCCUUCACCAUGGAUGAAUCCUGGAGUUCUUGAUUGGGAGGAUGCCUAUGCGAAGGCCAAGGAUUUUGUCUCCCAGCUCACGUUGAUGGAGAAAGUCAACCUGACCACAGGGACAGGAUGGGAGGGUGAACAGUGCGUUGGUCAAGCUGGGGCGAUUCCACGACUCGGUUUCCGCUCGUUAUGUAUGCAGGACAGCCCUGUGGGAGUUCGGGAUACGGAUUUCAACAGCGUCUUUUCUUCUGGCCAGAGCGUGGCUGCAACAUUUGACCGUGGCCUCCUGUACGCAAGAGGGUAUGCCAUGGGAAGUGAGCACAAAGGGAAGGGGGUCACCGUUCAACUCGGACCUGUUUCUGGCCCUCUUGGUCGUACCCCCGAAGGUGGUCGUAACUGGGAAGGCUUUGGCCCAGACCCAUAUUUGGCUGGUGUUGGGAUGGCGCAAACUAUUAAAGGUAUUCAAGACGCCGGCGUGAUUGCUUGUGCAAAGCAUUUUAUUGGCUACGAGCAGGAACACUUCCGCCAAAGUGGUGAAGCCCAAGGUUUCGGAUACAACAUCACUGAAUCCAUUUCUUCCAACAUCGAUGAUGUGACGAUGCAUGAGCUAUACUUGUGGCCCUUUGCGGAUGCUGUACGCGCGGGUGUCGGGUCUGUCAUGUGCUCCUACAACCAGGUCAACAAUUCAUACGCCUGUCAAAAUUCGAAGCUUCUUAACAACCUCCUCAAAGAUGAACUGGGAUUCCAGGGAUUUGUCAUGAGCGAUUGGGAGGCUCAACAUACUGGUGUUGCGUCAGCUUUAGCUGGCCUGGACAUGACUAUGCCCGGAGACACAGUUUUCAACAGUGGAGACAGCUUUUGGGGCACUAACUUGACAUUGGCUGUCCUCAAUGGUACGGUUCCUGAAUGGAGAAUUGACGACAUGGCUAUGCGCAUUAUGGCCGCCUAUUUCAAGGUUGGAUUAACUCUCGAUGAACCUCCUAUCAACUUCAACUCUUUCACCUUGGAGACAUAUGGCCCAGUACACGCGUCUGUUGGAGGCGAUAUCCAGCAGGUUAAUUGGCAUGUGGAUGUACGCGGUGAUCAUGCGUCAGUCAUUCGAAACAUCGGUGCCAGAGCGACGGUUCUUCUGAAAAAUGUGAACAACGCUCUUCCUCUCUCGAAGCCAAAGUUCGUUGCGGUAAUUGGAGAGGAUGCAGGGCCAAACAAGUUUGGACCAAACGGAUGCUCUGACCGUGGCUGUGAUAACGGGACGCUGGGUAUGGGUUGGGGUUCUGGAAGCGCUAAUUUCCCCUAUCUUGUUACUCCGGAUUCAGCCCUCCAGAGCCAAGCACUGGCCGACGGGUCUGUUUACCAGAGUAUAUUAGAUAAUCAUGCGGCUUCCGAAAUCGAGGCAUUGGUAUCCCAGGAUAACAUUGUCGCCAUCGUGUUCGUCAACGCGGAUUCGGGUGAAGGCUAUAUAAGCGUCGAUGGCAACGAGGGCGACCGCAACAAUCUCACCCUCUGGAAUUCUGGUGAUGACUUGAUCAAGAACGUCUCCGCUCAGUGUAACAACACCAUUGUCGUAAUUCAUAGCACAGGCCCAACAUUAGUCGCGGACUGGUAUGAUAGCCCGAACAUCACUGCAAUUCUCUGGGCCGGUGUACCUGGCCAAGAAAGCGGAAACAGCAUCACGGAUGUUCUGUAUGGAAAGGUCAAUCCAGCCGCACGAACGCCGUUUACCUGGGGACCUACUCGAGAAAGUUAUGGCACUGAUAUCCUCUAUACCCCGAACAAUGGCCACGGUGCUCCUCAGGAAGACUUUGUUGAAGGUAAAUUUAUCGACUACCGUUAUUUCGACAAGCACAACAUCACUCCGAUUUACGAGUUCGGGUUCGGCCUCUCUUAUACCACCUUCGAAUACUCGAACCUGGUGGUCACCUGUGCCAACGCUGGGAAAUACACUCCCACAACUGGCACGACAGCGCCGGCACCAGUCUUUGGUAAUAACUUUUCAACCAACCUAUCCGACUAUCUCUUCCCUAAUGGCAGCUUUCCACACAUCUGGCAGUUCAUCUACCCCUACCUCAAUACCACUGACGCCAAAGCUGCUUCAGCAGAUCCAUACUAUGGAAAGACGGCUGCAGAAUUUCUCCCGCCUAAUGCCACAGAUGGAUCUCCUCAGCCUCUGCUGCCAGCUGGAGGAGCACCCGGCGGGAACCCUGAACUGUAUGACGUUCUUUACACCGUGACCGCGAGCAUCAAGAACACGGGCAAGCUUAACGGAGAAGAAGUUCCCCAGCUGUAUGUCUCUCUUGGUGGACCCGACGACCCGAAGCUCGUCUUGCGAGGAUUCGAUCGUCUGAGUAUCGACGCUGGCCAGACCGCCACAUUCUCAACGGACAUCCUGCGCAGAGAUUUGAGCAACUGGGAUCCGGUCAAGCAGGACUGGUUCAUCUCAUCCUACCCGAAGACCAUUUAUGUUGGACCAAGCUCAAGGAACUUACCCCUGAGCAUGCCUCUAGGCCAGGCGCUGAACCAGACGCUGGGCAAUUCAACUUUGCAUAAUGUGAUUGAUCGGAGACACAAGCUUAGUCGUUGA